UAGCCGGCACAGCCAUCAUACCAAGCACAGAAAAAUGAAGACUUUUAUCUGCUUGUUGCUGGCAGUUGCCUCUUGCAAGGCCGGGUGGGAAGGGGCCUACUCCAACGAAGUAGCUGGUGAUGGUGGACAUGGAGGCAGCUCCGGAUUCGGAGCAAGCGGUGGUGGGGACUUCUCUGGCGGCCAGGGACACGCACUGGCUGGACUUGGCGGACACAGUUUUGGAGGUAGCGGCGCUGGACACGAUUUCUCAGGCGGCCAAUCUCACACACUCGCCUUAGCCCAGGGACAUGGCGACCUUGGUGGCGGCCAAGAUUUUGGAGGCCACGGAUUCAGUGGUGGCCAAGCUUUCCACGGAGACUUUGGCGGCAACGGCGGUCACGCCCAACUUUCUGACGGCGGCAGCCACGGUGGUCAGGAUUUUAGCGGAGACUCUUACUUGUUAGCUGCUCAGGAAUCUGGCCAUCAGGGCCAUGACGAUGCCGGAUCUCUUGGUAACGGAGGACAUGACUUCGGUGGACAAGGAAAUGGUGGUCACGACUUCGGUGGACAAGGAAACGGUGGUCACAACUUCGGUGGUCAAAUCGGAGGUGGUCAUGGAUUCGGUGGUCAGGCUGAGGGUGGUCAUGGAUUCGGUGGUCAGGCUGAUGGUGGUCAUGGAUUCGGCAGUCACGCCUUUCCCCUGCAAGACGCUGGUCACGAGUACGGUCAAGGAGAUGGUCACGAUUUUGGACACGCUGAAGCUAUCCCUGUUGGUACUCACGUUGAUGAAGAACACCCCGUCGAAGUGCCUAACUACAAACACGUUACUUUUGCCAUCCCUAAGCCUGUUCACGUGCAUGUGCCCAAGCCUAUCCUCAUUGGUGUACCUCAGCCUUACCCAGUGAAAGUUCCAGUCAACAAGCCAGUCGCUGUUCCAGUCGAAACUGAGAUUUCCAUCCCUGUUGAGAAGGUUGUACCUUACCCAGUAGUCAAGCAUGUUCCCUACCCCGUUGAGAAGCACGUGCCAAUUAAGGUCGAGAAGACUGUUCACGUGCACGUGCCUCAGCCUUACCCUGUAAAGAUCCCAGUGUACAAAACCAUCCACCACCAUAAGGAGCAUUAAGGAGUAGGAACGAAGGAAGUUCUUUGGGAAAUGUUAACAAUACUGAUGAACCUUUUAUUAAUAGUGAAGGACUGAUUAUAAAGAAAGCCCCUUAUGGUCUGGAGACUACAGAAAAUAUUGUUUUGUAUACUCUAAGGAGUUAAGGUUAAGGAUUGUUUUUGCUCAAUUUUCUGUCAACGUCCAUUUGGUAUUGUUAAAUUUAUCGAAGAACUUUUCGAAUUGUUGUGCCUUGUAAAUAUAAUUGUUGUUAAUUUUUAAGUCAUUUUCAACUGUCUUCAUGUUGUAGUUGAUUUAUUUAUUGUAUGUUGUUGUUGUUGUAACUUGUUAUUGUUGUUGCAUGUUGUUGAUUAUAUGUA